GCCGGCGAUCUUCUCCGACGCGACCAAGAAGCAUUCACCACCUGUCCACGUUCUGCCGAGUACCGCCUUCCCUGAGGUGCACACUGAGGCCUGUCUGCCGUGGAACCCAACUUGUUCGCCGGCUUUCCACAUUGCCAAUACACGUUUGAUCCCCCUCCAUCUGCGCCGCCUGCCUGAUCGCUUGAUAUUCACCCAGGAUGGGUCUGCUUGCUAUUGGAACCCCGCUAGACUGGCCCGAGGCAAAGAAGGUUGCAAGCCACGUACGAUCUUGGGGGAUCGAGCAACUACUUGCCAUAUGGCGACGCGCAAAAGGCAAAGAGCGGGACGCCUUGCUUUGGGGUGACGAGGUGGAAUACUUGGUAGUGUGCUACGACGACGAGAACCGCAAGGUUCGACUGUCGCUACGCCAAGCAGACAUCCUCGCGGCAUUGGCUGCGGAUGAGAAACUGCUCGAGCAAGGAGGGGGAGUACCAGACGUACAACGAGGCCACGUCAAAGGGGGAGAGACUGCCCCGGUGUUUCACCCGGAAUUUGGCCGUUUCAUGUUAGAGGCUACUCCCGGGAAACCAUGGGGCAUCGGGUUUAAGGAUCUUCUAGAUGUCGAGCACAACAUGAAGUGGCGCCGAGAGUUGGCAAAAGAUCACAUGGACGCAUCCGAGUAUCCUAUCACUCUGACUACCUAUCCUCGAUUGGGGACUACCGACUUCACUGUACCACAGUACCCAGUUUCUGGCGACAAACUGCGUUCACAAUUUGUCCCGGACGAGAUUGCGAACCCUCACAUCCGCUUUCCUACCUUGGCUGCGAACAUCCGUUCUCGAAGAGGCAGAAAGGUAGAGCUUAAUGUCCCCGUCUUUAGAGACGAGAAGACACCUUGGCCAUUCAAAGAUCCCACCGUGAACUACGAUCUCCAUCAGUGGCCAGAAGACGACGAUGUUCGAAACGGCGCCGCCAAAGAGAAUCACGUCUACAUGGAUGCCAUGGCUUUUGGCAUGGGCAGCUGUUGCUUGCAAAUCACGUUCCAAGCCAAGAACAUCGAAGAAGGGAGAAAGAUGUACGACCAACUCAACCCACUUGGUCCUAUUCUACUUGCUUUGACUGCGGCGACGCCUGUGUACAAGGGAUUCUUGGUGGAUACCGAUGUUCGCUGGAACCAAAUUAGUCGCGCAGUUGAUGACCGUACCCCUGAGGAGCUGGGAGAGAAGCCUCUUAAGAAUGAUCGAUGGCGUCUCCCGAAGUCAAGAUAUGCGUCAAACUCUACAUACAUCUCACAAGACGCUCGGCUGCGAAAGGAGUAUUUCGACCCCAAUCUAGUCAUCGACUCCGAACUCAAACAGCGAUUACUUGACGGCGGCAUGGAUGACCUGCUGGCCACUCAUUUUGCCCAUCUCUUCAUCAGAGAUCCCAUUGUGGUAUUCGCCGAGGACCUCAAGGAGCUCGAUCUAGACAAAGCAGACCACUUUGAAAACCUCCAGUCCACCAAUUGGCAGACGAUGCGAUUCAAGCCACCCCCACCAGGAAGUGACAUAGGAUGGCGUGUAGAGUUUCGCCCAAUGGAGAUUCAAAUCACCGACUUUGAGAACGCAGCGUUCUCGGUCUUCAUGGUGCUCAUUACACGAGCUAUCCUGAGUUUCGACCUGAACUUCUACAUUCCAAUCACCAAAGUCUCCGACAACAUGGAGACUACUCAUAUUAGAGACGCGGUGUCGUCACAGAAGUUCUGGUUCCGGAAGAACCCAUUCUCACCAUGCCACGCAAGAGCAACAGGCGUCUCCGGUACAGCCUCACCCGCGACUGCAAGCAGACCGACGACGCCUCUAGGUCCCGUAGAGGAUGAAUAUGAGCUGAUGACUAUCAACGAGGUCAUCAAUGGCCAAGAAGACGGGUUCCCAGGCUUGAUCCCGCUCGUGGAAAGUUACCUCAACAGCAUGAACGUCGAUGUUGAGACUCGAUGCGAGCUUGCAAGGUAUCUCGACUUGAUCAGAAAGAGAGCGGAUGGGACGUACUGGACCGCCGCUAAGUGGAUACGACACUUCAUCCAAAAUCAUCCAGAGUAUAAGAAGGAUAGUGUGGUGAGCGAAGGGAUCAACUACGAUCUUCUCAAGGCUGUGGAAACGAUUACGAAGAAUGAGGGGCGAGAUGGUGCGGGUGUAGAGAUGUUGGGGAAGAGACGGCAGUAGAGAUGGUCUUCUUACAGUCGGACUGCACCUAGGAGAACGGCGUGCUGGGUCUCUAGUACUCGGCCUGACAUUCUCAGAGAGAGCGAACAGAUCACCUAGCAUUCACCCUGCAUUUUCAAGAAGUGACAUUUAGCAUAGCGAGACUAGAUAUGAAUUACUACGGCUAGCACUCAAGAUCGAUGUGAAA